UUCAGGAACUUGGUGCAUGUGUUUAUUAUGAUAGUAAUGAAUGCUACAUUGUUACGCACACAUGCAGGGCUACGUUGACUGUCACUGUCAUAUCUCUGCGGGGGAUUUUGACAAUGACAUAGAAGAGGUGAUUGAGAAUUCAAAAAAGGCUGGUUUGUUGGCGCUAUUAGCUGUGGCCGAGCAUGCUGGAGAAUUUGACAAGAUCAUUGAGCUGUCACAGAGGUUUCCAGGUUUUAUUUUCCCUUGUUUAGGAGUUCACCCUGUUCAAGAAGUUUCCCCAGACCAGCAGAGAGGUGCUACUCUCCAGGAUCUGGAUGCUGCUCUACCUCUCAUAGAGAAAUACAAAGAUCACCUUGUAGCUGUUGGGGAGGUUGGCUUGGAUUUUACACCCAGAUAUGUGAAGAAUGAGAGCGAUAAAGACAGUCAGCGGCAGGUUCUCAUUCGUCAGUCACAGAUAGCCAAGGAACUGGAUCUCCCUCUAAAUGUUCAUUCACGUUCAGCAGGAAGACCCACCAUCCACCUCCUAAAGGAGCAAGGUGUCGAAAAAGUCCUGCUUCAUGCUUUUGAUGGGAAACCCUCUGUUGCCAUGGAGGGAGUGAAGGCUGGAUAUUUCUUCUCUAUCCCCCCGUCUAUAAUACGGAGUGAACAGAAGCAGAAACUCGUCAAACAGCUGCCGUUAGAGAACAUCUGUCUGGAAACUGACUCACCUGCUCUUGGUCCAGAAAAGCAGGUGAGAAAUGAGCCAAAAAACAUCAGCGUCUCUGCUGAGUACAUCAGUAAGAUUAAAGGAGUGUCUCUGGAGAAGGUGAUGGAGGUGACGACACAGAACGCACUCAGACUCUUCCCCAAGUUGAAGGCUGCAAUCCGACCCUGACAGCCCUAAAAAGUUUAUUUCAAUCAAUCAAGAAAUAUCUUUAAGUAUAUGCCCACGCUUUUCUGUUUAAAGUUCCCUUCCACAUACAUUUUAUGGCAUAUAAAAAUACUCUCCUCUUGAAUAAUUUGUCUGAUAUGUUUUUCUUUCUCCCAAAAACGAGCUAAAUUAUCUCAUUAAAAAUUCUUACAUCUUCUCCUUUCACAUCCCACUUGUUGCAUACUGGACCAGGAUUGGCUACCAAACUAGUGAUGUCACAAAUCAUGCUCUUAGGUGUUAAACUCAGAUUUAAGCUGAGCUCAGAGAAACUGAAGUAAAAAGAAUAAAAAACUCAUUUUUGAGUGGACAGGGACUUAAAAGUGUAAGUCUUAUUGAACCAAGUUGCUCUGACAUGUAAAUAAAUUAAAUAUAUAUUUUAAAAAACAACUAAUCAUAUAAUUUAUAGACUUUGACUUUACUGCUAAGAGCUGUUUCCUGUGUUCAUCUAUAUUCGUGAUAUUCUCAAAUAAAGGAAGAUGAGAUC